UCAUAAAGCCUCCAACGGCUAGUUUUCAUGGAGCCAUCAAUUCCUUUGCUUCCAAGUUUAUUAUUUCGACUUUAUUAGUUUCCUUAUGUCAUUUUAUGACUGUUAGAGAGUCCCAGUAGUCGAGCCUAUAAAGCUCAAGUUGUUUCUUCAUUGUAAAUCCCCCUUGAACUUUUAUGAAUGAAAAUACAGUUUUUCUAGUUUCUCAAAACUAUUGUUCUAAGUCUUAGAGUAUUGUGAGAAGCAGCUCUUGAGCAUCCAGACUUAUCAAAGCCUCCUUUCACAGAGAUUUGUGGCGUCCAUCAUCUCAUUUCCAUCCACCAAUCGAUCUUGAGAGUGAUACACAUCCAGCAAGACCGGUUCCAUCUUCAUUCAUCUUCCAUCCAUCGAUCCUUGUUGAGAGUGAUACACAUCCAGCAACAAAGAUCCCAUAUUCAUCAAUCUAUCAUUUUUCUAUUUGUUUUUAUUCAUAGUAUCAUUUUGAUUCAUAUUCAUAUUUGUUUCUGUUUGCAUUAUAAAACUCUAAAAACUCAUAAAAAUCGGUUCUCUUUGUUUUCAGGUUUAAACCUUGGUUCCACCAUUCUAUCAAUUCGUGGAUUACCCCCCUGUGCCUACAACAUUUUGGUAUCAGAGCUGAAGCUCCUGAAUCAGGUCACUCUAUCCUUGCAUCAUUCAUAUUUGUUUGCAUUUGUUUUCAUUUAAAAAAAAAAAAGUUUUUGCAUUGUUAUUGUUGUUCUUAAGAAAAGAAAACCAAAGAAGAAGGAGUUGUCUAGUUUGAUCCACGAAAUUCUUUUGAAAUACUUGUCUAGUUGUUUGCAUUCAUUCCCCCAGCUCCACUUGCCAUAUUUAGAUUUUGUGCAUUCAUUUUAAAAAAAAAAUCUGCAUUUCCAUAUUUGUUUCUUGCAUAAGAAAAUUCAAAAAAAAAAAGUGUUAGUUUUCUUUCCAUAUUUUCUUUUCAGUUGUGUUAAUUGUCAUUCCAUAUUGAUUCAUUUCGUUUUUGCAUUGAGAAAACCAAAAGAAAAUUAUUUUAGCAUAGUUGAUUUCAUUUCGGUUCAUAAUUGCAAUUUUUUCGGUUUAAUUUUAAUUAGCUUGCAUUUUUGGUUCUUAUUUUGAUUCGACCAGGAUUUUUCCAUACCUUCACUUGAUCUUUGAGAGUGUUUUCAGGAAGCCAUGGUAGGAAAAACACACGGCCAAAGUCAGAUGGCCAAACAGAACCAACAGUUGACAGCUUUGCAAGAGAUCAAUGAUCGGAUUGCUCAGUUGAGGAAAAGAAACAAGGCACGAGUCCAACGUCCACAGCAAGGAGAAAGGAGAUUUGGAGAUGCACCAGAGGCUGUCUAUCUUGAGCCCAAGCCACCAGAUCCUUCAAGGAUCAAUCAACAUCCAACUUCUCAAACCCAUACUCAUCAUGUAGCUAAUUCUCGGUUUGAUCAUAAAUCUUUUGCUGAUAAAAUUGAACUCUUUACAUUUUCAGGAGGAAGAAGCUACCUAUUUUGGGAGAGGAACCUUGAUGAAUGGUUUCACUACAACAACAUUCUGAAAGAAGAGAGACUAUCUUAUGCCAUUGAUCAACUAAGAGGUAACGCCUUUAAAUGGUGGGUACAAGAAGAAGAUGAUAGAUUGUUUUACAAGGAGCCAGCUAUCAAAACGUGGAGAGAUCUUAAGGAAGUCAUGAAGGAUGAAUUUUCACCAGAACUCACAAGUUCUAAGAUCCGAAAGAUAUACCCAAGGAGGUAUCUAACUCAUGUUUCCAAAGAAAAGCCAGAACCUGUUAUUGUCCAAGUAAAGGCUAAGAAUGUUAAGACAGGUCCUGAGGUCCAGAAAGAGACGAACUCAACAUCCUUGUUGAGAUCAAAAGUUGUCCAUGAUUUAAGUCCAAAAGACAAGGAGAUUUUAAACACAAAUAAAGAAGAGCCAACAAGCCAAGGUAAGUCUUCUAACUCUGAGAAUUUGAAAUAUCAGACAUGUUAUAGAUGUCAUAAGAAAGGACACUAUGCUGUAGUUUGUCCUACUAAGCAAGCAUUGAUAGAAACAUCACUAGAAGAGAAAACAGAUUUAUCUAUGAAAAGUGAUAGUUUUAUUCAAUCUGAUUUAUUGGUUCCAAGAUCUUUUGUAAUGCACUUGUCUUUGUCAAAAGGUGAUGUAACAGGACUUAAGGAGCAAGAAUUCAAAAGAAAGAAAUCACCAGGCGUCACCCUUGUGAUAGACCAGAAGAUGGCUCAAGACACAAAGCUGUCCAUGUUGCUUAAAGAAGCAAAACCGGUCAUAAAAGUAUCCCACCAAGGUAAGUUUCUAACACCACCUUUGGAUACUAGUACUGACGUGUGUGUUCUUGGUACAGGGAGAACAAAUGAAAGCUAUAAGCUUAUUGUAGUUCCAAAGAAAGAACCAGACCCUAAGCUCAGCCAUGAACCCACUUCUAAGUGGAAACCGAAAUCUGAACAAUCCAUUGUUCAAGUUCCAAAAGCUAUGGUAAGAUUCCUUUUAGAUCAGAAUGUUCUUAAUAUUUCAAUGACAGAUAUAAUGCACUUGCUUUUUGUCCAGAAUGUUGAGAAUUUUUCAGGUUGCAAAGAAGAAAGCUUCAAAGAAAUCCCACCAGAUUAUCUUAUGUUGCUAGGAGGAUCAACUCCAAAGAUGAUCAGAAACGUGGCCACCGAAAAUUUGAAGGACCAUCAACUCCAGAGGAUAAGAAAUGACCAUGUCCAGAGCAGAGGCGUGAUCCAUUCCUAUUUUCUCAAAGGAGAACCACCUGAUACAAAUUGCAUUCCCAAACCGAAACAGUUCCAAGGUAAGGUUUUAGAAUCUCAAAAGAGGAUGAAAGCUGACUUGCUCUAUCUUGGUGCAGGUUACAUAGUUUCGAGGUCGAAACCUUGUCAAGAGGGAGGCGAUGUUGUGGUCACGAAAUCCAUGGUUCAACCAGAGUCUCACCAAACCGUCCAAACCGGCCAUCUAGGAGGUACCAGCGACCGAGGUUCAGUCCAAGGCGUAUAUCUCUACAACCAGAAGGAAUUUAAAUAUGAAACCAAUUUUAUUGGAUUCUACACUCAAGAAGGAGUCCAGCCCAAUUGGAAUCGAGCAACACUAUUCACGGAGCAAGAAGUUAUGAAUUUUACAAGUCAGAGGUUUUCCAGCCCGUCCAUCUGCGAGUAUCCGACUUUAGAAGGCAAUUCCAGCCCAAGGAAGGAGCGGCCUGAACCAAAGCCCAUUAUAGGAUUCAAGAGGGAUCUCUCAGGUUUCCAGAAAGCCCAAGAUCAGGAGAAAUGGCCCCGGAAUUUUGAAGUUAUGAUCCAAUCUCCAAAACCGGUCAAACCAGUUCUACACUUGCCUCAAUUGGAAGCUAACCGGUUCAAUCAGCUUCAAACUAGACAUUGGCGACCAGGAGAUAUAUCUAUGCAUUCAGGAAGUCUAUCCAAUGGUCCAGAAGAGUCAGACAAGUUCAUUCCAUGCACCAGCCCACAUAGGAUCAGGAGGAUACUCAUUAACCCCAACUUGCCUUAUUUGGAGCUUCUUGCCAUCCAGCUCCAACAGCUCUUUUUCCUUCAGAUUAGGCACGACCUCAGCACCCUCCAAACCAUCAAGAAGGUUCCCAGGAAGCUUAGUUAUCCCCUCAAACCGUCCAGAUACAAGGAGAACACCAUCUACAUUCAUUUGGCCAAGAUUCUCAUCAUAAAGCCUCCAACGGCUAGUUUUCAUGGAGCCAUCAAUUCCUUUGCUUCCAAGUUUAUUAUUUCGACUUUAUUAGUUUCCUUAUGUCAUUUUAUGACUGUUAGAGAGUCCCAGUAGUCGAGCCUAUAAAGCUCAAGUUGUUUCUUCAUUGUAAAUCCCCCUUGAACUUUUAUGAAUGAAAAUACAGUUUUUCUAGUUUCUCAAAACUAUUGUUCUAAGUCUUAGAGUAUUGUGAGAAGCAGCUCUUGAGCAUCCAGACUUAUCAAAGCCUCCUUUCACAGAGAUUUGUGGCGUCCAUCAUCUCAUUUCCAUCCACCAAUCGAUCUUGAGAGUGAUACACAUCCAGCAAGACCGGUUCCAUCUUCAUUCAUCUUCCAUCCAUCGAUCCUUGUUGAGAGUGAUACACAUCCAGCAACAAAGAUCCCAUAUUCAUCAAUCUAUCAUUUUUCUAUUUGUUUUUAUUCAUAGUAUCAUUUUGAUUCAUAUUCAUAUUUGUUUCUGUUUGCAUUAUAAAACUCUAAAAACUCAUAAAAAUCGGUUCUCUUUGUUUUCAGGU